GGCCUCUGGAAGGCUUGGGUGUGUCUCUGCUGCGGGGCCGAAGCUUAGUGGGCUGCCUACCUAUGUCUUGGACUGGAGACGUAAGCAUCCGGGUCCGCUCUGAGGAGCUUUUCAACUGUCCGAUACUGAUGGAGUGUGGAGGACGACGAGAGCUGCCCUCCUGGAAGACACAAGUCGCCUAGACCGCCCCAAGGGAUGGAGGAUGGGAGAAGCUUUCGUAUCUCGGUGGUGCAAGUGACAACUGAGCUGGGACUUGAAGAAUGCAUCUGAGUUACCCAAAAGAAAAGUAAAGGGAAAGUUGUACCAAGCAGAAAACCGCGUGGGCAAAGGCCCAGCGAUAAAAGUUGGGUUCAGGGAACUGAAAGUUCAUUAUGGCGGAACAGAUGACAUGGUGAAUGAAUGGUCAUUCUGGUUUGUCAUGUCUCCUCCUGUAAAGUUGCUUGGCAUGAAUGAAUCUGAGUAAUCCUCUGAGUAAAACAGAUACAAUCAAGUUACUGGACUGACAGCAGAGAACUAACCCUGGAUCUAUAGUGACACCACCAUGACCCCAAAUUCCCAUGAGGGCAGAAAAAAUUGUGGAAACCGGGCCUUUUUGGCAGCUAGUCGGAUGAAAAUCCUCAGGUAUUCGGGUUUGGGGAUCCUUGUUACUCCGUAUACCCCGGCCUCCGUAUUAGGCCGGAACUCUAGUAUCAUAAUGCCUGUUAGGCACCGGACUGUAAAAGCAGAUGGACAUACACGGGAAAGGCGAGUACGGAUAGGGAAAAGUUGGGGACCGGGACGCAGUCCACUCUUGAGCUCCGGCUGCGGAGACAAGCGGGCGCCUGGGGGCUGUUGGUGCGUCCGGGACGUGCCCCGGCGACGGAGCCUUAGCAGGUGGAAUUGGGCUAUUUGCUGAAGCUUCUUUCCCUGAUAGCCCAGGGAGAAAUUUACAUUUUGACUUUUUCUUACCAUGGCUUUGGUUCACAAAUUGCUGAAUGGCACGUAUAUUCUCAGAAAAUGCCCACAGCCAAGUGUUGCCUCGUGUCCAUUUUUGAGUACUCGCGUUGCAGGCUAUUGUUCCAAGAGUCUUGAGAAACCAGUGGCUACUCCCAGCAAAGGCUCCUCUCAGAGGAACACUGAAGAGACUUUGCAAGGACAUCACCAGAGAGAAGUUGCUUUGGAUAUAACUUCUCCUGAGGAGAAGCCUGAAGUUAGUUUUGAUAAAGCAAUUACAGAUGAAAUAAAGGACCAUUUUAGGCGGUUGAAGGAUGAGAUUGUGAAUCAUUGGAUAGGGCCUGAAGGCCGCCCUCUGCAAGAGGUCUUGCUGGAACAAGCCAAGGUUGUCUGGCAGUUCCGUGGAAAAGAAGAUUUGGACAAGUGGAUAGUGACUUCGGAUAAGACAAUUGGAGGCAGAAGUGAAGUGUUCCUGAAAAUGGGCAAGAAUAACCAAAGUGCACUGCUGUAUGGAACGCUGAGCUCUGAGGCCCCCCACGAUGGGGAAAGUGGUCGCAGUGGGUACUGUGCAAUGAUGUCCAAGGUUCCCAGGGGCUCUUUUGAGAGAAAGAGGUCUUAUGAUUGGUCCCAAUUCAACACUCUGUAUCUCCGUGUCCGAGGAGAUGGUCGGCCUUGGAUGGUGAAUAUCAGGGAGGACACGGAUAUAAUCCAGAGGAAGAAUCAGAUGUACAGUUACUUCAUGUUCACCCGUGGGGGGCCCUACUGGCAGGAGGUCAAGAUUCCUUUCUCCAAAUUUUUCUUCUCUAAUCAAGGAAGAAUCCGGGAUGCUCAGUACCAGCUUCUGCUUGACAAGAUCUCUUCUAUUGGAUUCACCCUGGCUGAUAAAGUGGAUGGUCCAUUCUUCCUAGAAAUAGAUUUUAUUGGAGUGUUUACUGAUCCAGCCCACACAGAGGAAUUUGCCUAUGAAAAUUCUCCAGUGCUUAAUCCAAGACUUUUUAAAUAGGGAUCACGUGGUGGUUUUGUAUGCCUAAACUAAGGGUGGUAGUAUCCACGAUGACCCAGGCAAAAUAAAGUAUUUCUUCAAUGGCAUCCAAUCAAUGGCUGGUAUGUAUUCUCUAAGACAAAGCUAAAUGCUGCUGCUAAGAGGUACCAUAUGGAGGGAAACAGCAUGAAACCAGUUUCUAAGCUGUACCUUCACGUAAAGAAUGCAGGUACUGCUGCAGAGGUGCUAUGUAAAUAACUGUUUUUGGUUAGAAUGAUUCCUGUUAGAAACAAUUCCUACAUGAGUAGGUGGUUUCCAAAGCAAGGAGUCUCUGAGACUGUUGAUGGCCUUCUACCUCUCUAUUCCUUAUAGGUUUCUUCUGUUUUCUAAUCCAUCUUUGAGGAAAGGAGACUGCAGGAAAAUAAUAAGAUAAAGAAACUGUGGAAGUCACCAAGAAAAGACAUACCUACUCUUAGAUAGCUUGGGCUGUUAUAACAAAUUACAAUAGGCUAGGUGGUUUAAACGACAGACACUUAGUUCUUACAGUUCUGGAGCCUGGGAGGUCCAAGAUCAAGAUACCUGCACAUGUGGGGUCUGGUGAGUAUCCACUUCUUGGCUUGUAAACAGCUGCCUUCUCAUGCUGUAUCCUCACAUGGUCUCUUUUUCUUACAAAGGCACUAAUCCCAUCCUGAGGGCUCCAUUGUCACGACCAAAUUACCUCCCAAAAGCCCCAUCUCCCAAGUACCAUCACAUUGGGAAUUAGUGUUUUCAAUGUAUGAAUUUUGAGGUGACAAACAUGUCCAUAAACACCUACUUAGAGAGCUGGUCUGCCAAAGAUGCAUAAUCCUUACCAGUUCUUGCUUUAUAGUGACUUUUAAGGUAACCACUGGAGAAACUAAAUCAGGUAUUAGAUUAAUGUCCCCAAAGCUUCCCCAGUCAAAAUUUUAAGUAUUACAGAGAUUGCAUAUACCAAAAAUAAGACCUUGAUUGACAGUUUAAAUUGAUCAAUUCUUGUCAUCUCAGAGGAGAUAGGAAACUGUAACAUAGUCAGUAUCCUGAGAGCCAAGUUAAAUAGAAUAUACAAAGGCUCAUAGCUUUUCCAUCAUCUUGGCCUAAUCUAUUUUGUAUAUUUUCUUGUAAUUAUUAUCUUUUUAACAGCUUUAUUAAGGUAUAAUUUACAUAAGUCUGCCUAUUUUAAGUAUACAAUUCAGUGAUUUUUAGUAUAUUUACAGAAUUGUGUAGUCUUUACCACAAGCUAAUUUUAGAACAUUUCCAUCAGCCUAAAAAGAAACCUCAGUACUCCUUUGUAGUCACUUAUCAUUCCCACCCCCAACCCCCAGUAACUACUAGAUUAGUAAUCUACUUUUUCUCUAUAGGUUUAUCUUCUUUGGAUAUUUCAUUUAAAUAGAAUCAUACAAUAUGUGAUCUUUUGUGUCUGCCUUUUCACUUAG